CUUCAAAUCCCGAGCUCUGCAUGAUCCUCCAGCAACCAGGUGGAGUUAAUUAAGGCGAUCCGUACUGCGAGUUUUCUUCUUGCGCUUCUGCUUUCUCUUGAGCUUUAUAUACACCGUCUUACCCGUUUCUCUGUUCCUGUCCGGCGCACUCAAUCUCGAGCUCAUGCAUCUUGAACCGCUAUCAGGAUGAUGUCCUCAACGAACGAGGAGGACCCCUUCCUCCAGGUCCAGCAAGAUGUCCUCAGCCAAAUCUCAUCUAUCCGGCCCCUCUUCGCGUCAUACCUUCGCAUCCGCUCCCUCGCCUCAACCUCCACCUCCCCCGAGCUCAUAUCCGCCCGCACCGAACUCGAAUCCGCACUCUCCUCUCUAGCCGAAGACCUAGCAGACCUUGUCGCCUCCGUCCAAGCCAUCGAGUCCAAUCCCUCCCAGUUCGGCGUCUCCGACCAUGAAGCCUCGCGCCGGAAGCGCCUUGUCCAGGAGGUCGGCGCCGAGAUCCAGGACAUGCGCGAGGAGCUCAACAAGAACAUCGCCGGUGGCAAAGGCGGCAAUAGCGAUUUGCCUGACCCAAGCUCCUUUCAGAUAGGCGAGGGCGAUGGCGGCGAUGCGUACCAGGAGUUUGAGCAGCAGCAGCAAGUGGAGAUGAUGCAAGAGCAAGAUAGACAUCUCGAUGGGGUGUUUCACACGGUUGGCAACUUGCGCCGCCAGGCUGACGACAUGGGGAGAGAAUUGGAAGAGCAGAACGAGAUGCUCGAGGUGGUGGACGAUUUGGCGGACAGGGUAGGUAACCGGCUACAGACUGGCAUGGCCAAGCUGGGGUAUGUGAUGCGCAAGAACGAGGACCGGCUGAGCAGCUGUUGUAUUGCGGUCUUGAUUUUUGUCUUGAUUCUUUUGCUGGUUCUUCUGUUGAUCUUGUAGUAGAAGGAGUAUUUCUUUUCUUGUCUUUCUAUGUUUUACGAAUGGUCUUUAUGGGGAGAUAAAAGGAAGAGGUCUAAUGGGCGAAUCAAUAUUUGGGUCUCGGAGUUUUGGCGGAAUGAUUUAUGCCGACGUAUCGGCUGAUGCAGUCAUGCAAGCCUACUAGGUAUACAGCGUGGGUUCAACGUCUACGGCGCAAGAUGAUGCAGGAUAGAGUGAGAAUAAAGCGCAUGGGUUUCUUCUAUAAUACCCAUAGCUUAAAAAAGACAUUUCCAACGUCCCAAUAG